AAGUCAAACCUAAUGUCCCCCGUGAACAUUAUUCUACUCGCACAUCUCAUUAGCGUAGGAACAUAGUUCAGACUAGGGAAGGUUCAGUUGCUAAAAAGGUAUAUAUACAAACCGAACCAUCGUACACACAGUUGUCGAGCUAGCCGACAUAUAUAUUUAAAUUCGGUUCAGUCUUGCUAUAAAUUGUUAAGGCGUCUAGGAACCAACGAUGGCCAACCGUAAUGUGCCAGCGACUCCAUCUCAGGAGGAGUUACGUGAGAAAGUGAACAUUAAGAAUGUGAAAAAUUCGGAAGAACGUGAAACAGACAAUUCGAACACGAAUGUAGACACUGACUCGCUGCCGUCCGUUUCCUCGGCGGGGGCUGUGAGUCGCGGGGCCGUUAGCACAAUUAGGAGCCAGACCAAGAUUCCGGGGCCCAUUUCUCUCGGCCCCAGCUCCAGCACCUUUAAGUUAACCAGCCGCAAAUACACAAGUGUCCUCGACGUUAACAGACUUCGUCAGCAGUCGGCCAAUGACUCUGGCAUCCAGAUGGACUCUUCGAUGUCCGAUGCGGAGGCAACCGCCAUGACACCCAUACCCGCCCCCGUUCCGUCAAGCCGAAGCGAAAUGGAACUGAAACUGGCCGAGGAACAAACCCUGAAGGAGCUUCAGCGCGUCGUUGCCGAAAUGGAGGCCGAAGUGGCGUUGGCCGACAAGGAGUACGCGGAGUUGGAUCUGUUAGAUUCAUCCAAAUUUGACCAGACGUCAUUGUCUAGCGACGUGGAGCCGAGACGAGAAUUAGAUGACCUCCAGGCCAACGAGGACAAGUCAGCUCCCAUUGAGGCACUACUGGCCGAUGAAACUGAACAGGGAUUGGCACAGAAACAGGCAUCAGACGAUGUUCAGAAAAUCGAGGCAACUGCUCAAGUGGAGGGCGCACUAGCUGCCCCGGAGGCUAGCCAGAAACUGUCACCUGACGGGACUCAGAUCAACUCGGAAAAAUGUGGGCAGGAGCACCCUCUUGCUGGUACGAUCACUAAUGAAGUGGCUCAAGACAAUCAACAGAUGCUGAAGAAACUGACGCAGUUAGAGGAACCUGAACCUGAAAAGAAUCUCUUGGAGCCUAUCCCUCAGGGUUCUGUGGAGAAAUUCCCACAGAUCGUACUUGAGGAACCUUCUAGGGGCUCUGUGGAAGCGCACCUUCAGCAAGCUUUCGCCAAUGUUAAUCAAGCUCAGGAGCAGGUGACGCCGGAGGAGCCCGGAGAUGCAUUGAACGAAGCUUCCGGUGAACAAACGGAUGCUGUGAGCGAGAACUUGCUGAGCGAGGCAGAGCCAGGGAUUGGGGAACUGGAUCUGGCCACCACCUCGGAGAGUGGGCUAGUCACCCAGCCCUCGCAAACAAAUAGCCACACGGAAGACCCCUUGGACAGCAAUCGCAAUGUGAUUACCUUGGAAGAUCUGCUCCGAAACGCCAGCAACGUAGAGCUGCUGCGCCGGCUGCUCCAAAUCGGGGCAGAGGCCAACAUGGUCGAGCCUGAGCCGGACUUUGCCACGCAGGAGUCAUCGGCAGAGGAUAAAGAGGAAACUGAGUCAGUACCUGAAACAAGUACGACUUCUGGCACUGCCACGGGAACGGAAGCCUCGACCGACGAGGAUGGGGAGCUGGGGAACGAUGACGAGGACGAGGAUGGGACGGAUGUGUCCUCUCAGGGACUCAACAAGGCGACAGUUUCUUUGGUGUGGCGCCUACUCUCCGGCAAGAUGUUACACCUAGCCUGUCCAAUACUAUUUUGUGGCUUUGCUGCCGGCUUGAUAUACAUGUCGCGCAAGUAAAUUGGAAAUUACACCGAAUGCAAGUACCUAUCACCGAUUCGACUCAGAUUCCUUGGUACACAUUGUGCAAGGCUCUUCAAAAUCGCUCGAUACAUUGGCACAGAGUUGACCUAAAUUAUAUAAAAAUCAAUAAAGAAUUUCAAAACCAAUAAA